AUGAGUGAUCACAAUUUGGACGCUGGGUCGAGAAAUGCUGCUUCUGGUUCCCGUCCUGGUACUGGCAUGUCGAGUUCUCGUUUGGGUAGCAGUGCUACGUCCAGCAAACUACAGCGUUUGGCUAUUUACAAGGCUAUUAGUUUGGUCCUGGUCGAACAGUUGCGUACGUCCGAUUCAGACCGCGAAGCUAAUGAAUGGGGAGAUGACGUGGCCUUGAAGAAGCUUCCCACGUUACUUGAGAAAGUUGCCCUACUAUCAUUCUCACGGAUACCAUAUGAGAAGCGGAAGACUUUGGGCACGGCUUUAUCAAGCCUAGAGAAGGAGCUGGCGCCUGAAGAGAGCACCGCCUUCGACGACUUUUCUAACGCCACCUACUCUUCUGCUGAGACCCUUGACUACUAUGCUUACCGGUUGACCGAGCUCCUGGAUAAUAGCGGACUUUCUUUGGAGGGCGACGCAAGAGAUGCCUUACUUGUGGCCAAGUUUAUUGCAUCGUUACCAGCUGGUUUACAACUUGAUCUACGAAAAGCCAGAGAGACCAUCAAGAAUUUACAGCAAGCACUUCGUAUGGCAAAGAGACUACAAGCCAUUCAGCCUGACACUAAGAAGAAAUCGGUGACCCCUGUAACGGUAUCUACGAGUUCAACAACUGCAGCUCCAGAAGUCGAGCCUCAACAACUACCUUCUGUGAAAAUUGGUGAGGCCUCCGAUCCAGAUCCAGCUGUUGCUGCGAUCGCAGAUCUGACAGAGGCUAUACGACAAGAACAGCAUUGGUUAGUUAAUUAUAUAUCUCGUCGAGGGAAAGGUCGCGGUAGCUAUAAUUGGUCUCGCCGUGGACAGAGGUUUGGUCCCCGAAGUAUGCGCUCUUCUAGAUCCUACCCCAGCAAUGGUUAUUACCGUCCUGUCUGUGACUACUGUGGUAUUGCUGGCCACCUAUGGCGUCAGUGUAGGAAACGCCUGAGGGAUGAGGCCGAGCGUCGAGGUGGUAACCGCUUCAGUGGUAAAGGUUUCAGACCUGAUCGUCGAAAACAGCCGUCCAACUAUGAUGACGAUAUCGAUAUGAACAUCAACUAUAUUGAUACUAUGGGAGCCGAUCUGUCGGGAAACGGCAAUGGGGCCGGCUCAGACCGCAUGAUCCAGUCCCAUCUACAGUAA